UCCGAGAGUCCAAGCUUUGAGAAGCAGUGAGGGACGAAGGCAACACAAGCUUUAGAGCUGCGGAGACAGCAGCGAUGGCGGCCACGGCACGCGCCCUUUGGGCUUCGGCUCGCUCUGAAGCUGCUCGGAGAUGCGUCGACCAAGCAAGUCUUCUCCGAUCGUGGCUCUCCGGACAGCGGGCUGGACAUGCUACUGUCGCUGUUAAGAAAGUGUUUCCCUCUAAUCAAGGCCAAUUGAAGGACGUUGAAGUCAAGGUGACAAAUUUUCAGAGCGAGGACAAAGGUCUUGCAACGUUAGCCGGUGAUGUGUUUGACGUGCCAAUAAGGCCGGAUGUUGUUCACCGCGUCGUUCGAUGGCAACUUGCCAAGAGACGCCAGGGCACUGCUUCAACCAAAGGUAUUCACGAAGUGAGUGGUACAGGGAGAAAACCUGGUCCCCAAAAGGGAAGCGGUAGAGCUCGACAUGGUUCUCUGCGAGGUCCACAGUUCCGAGGAGGAGCUACGCAGCAUGGCCCAAAGCCUCGGAGCCAUGAGAUAGGUUUGCAGAAGCAAGUGCGUCGACUUGGCCUCAAAGUUGCCCUUUCAUCUCGUGUUGCUGAGGGCAAGCUGAAGGUGUUUGAUAGCGUAGAACCUCCCACACUAAAAACUCGAGAAAUGGAGCGCCUAAUUGCUGAUAUCGAAGGUUGUAAGAAGGUGCUCAUUGUUGAUGAUGCUGAGACCGUCAACGAAUCGUUGUGUCGGGCGACAGGCAACUUGCAUUAUGUCAAUGUAUUACCUGCCAAGGGGUUGAAUGUCUACAGCAUCUUGCAGCACGAUACUCUGGUGAUGAGCGUUGGAGCAAUCCGAAGAAUUGAAGAGCGCCUUCAUACACCCAUUAACAGAUGAUCAACCCACCUAGCUUCGAUCUUUUUAGCUGUUCGUUCUUGAACCCGUGGUUGAAAUGUAGUCGAACGCUGGCGUCAUGGCAUGAAAGCAUGUUACGGCGAACUUGCUAUUGAAGCAGAAAUAGGAGGCAUCUUUACAUACUUCAUCAUGGUUAUCUGAUCUUGGACCUUUCGAGGGAUGUGCUUCAUUAUGAGUGGACAACUGUGCGCAUGGAAUCAAUGGCUGGAAACUAAUUUGUCUCAGUUCCUCUAUUAACGCUCUAAGAUGGAUUCAGCCUUUCCCUCAAUCUGCUUUAGUUCUAUUGUUGUUACCACAUGCUGAGAAGUGGCUGUCGAGUUAGCUCCAACCUGGUGUUAUAGUUGCGUGGUAUAAAGCCGCUUCAUUCUGUAGCUUCGAUGUAUUCACUUGGCGCUAGGGGCAUUGGGUUUAGAUUUAGAUAUAGCAUGAGGGGAUUGGAUAGCAAACUAUCCUUUUAUGUAAUGCAUUCCAAUCAAGUCUGGAAACACAAUUCAAUAAAGUGCUCAUUACAUUUCAGGGAA